GCCUGCGCAGAAGGGUCUAGACGCUGUGAAGCAGGAGGCACUUGGGAUCGUCCGCAGGAUUGGGACUGCUACAGAGGCCGCCACGGAGCCCGCCGGAGCCACCGUUCCUGCUGCUGCUGCCGCCGCCCGAAUAGGAACUGUCGGGCCGCAGCCGCCGGCAAUGCCGCGAAGGAAGUGUUAACACAAACCCACAGAGUAAAUGCUUCUGUGCUAACGUCUGGAUCUAUGGUGUUACAGAGGAAUGCAGGCAGUAGUUCAGAUGGAACGGAAGAUUCCGAUUUUUCUACAGAUCUCGAGCACACAGACAGCUCCGAGAGUGACGGCACGUCCCGGCGGUCUGCCCGCGUGACACGCUCCUCAGCCCGGCUGAGCCAGAGUUCUCAAGAUUCCAGCCCUGUUCGAAAUUUGCAAUCUUUUGGCCCCGAGGAGCCUGCGUAUUCUACCAGAAGAGUGACCCGUAGUCAGCAGCAGCCUAACCCGGUGACUCCAAAAAAGUACCCCCUUCGGCAGACUCGUUCAUCUGGCUCAGAAACUGAGCAAGUGGUUGACUUUUCAGAUAGAGAGACUAAAAAUACAGCCGAUCAGGAUGAAUCUCCACCUCGAACCCCAACUGGAAAUGCGCCUUCUUCUGAGUCUGACAUAGACAUCUCCAGCCCUAACGUGUCGCACGAUGAAAGCAUGGCCAAGGACGUGUCCCUGAAGGACUCUGGCAGUGAUCUCUCUCAUCGCCCCAAGCGUCGUCGCUUCCACGAAAGCUACAAUUUCAAUAUGAAGUGUCCUACCCCAGGCUGUAACUCUCUAGGACAUCUUACAGGAAAACACGAGAGACAUUUCUCCAUCUCAGGAUGCCCGCUCUAUCAUAACCUGUCAGCUGAUGAAUGCAAGGUGAGAGCACAGAGCCGGGAUAAGCAGAUAGAAGAAAGGAUGCUGUCCCACAGGCAAGAUGACAACAACAGGCAUGCAACCAGGCACCAGGCACCAACAGAGAGGCAGCUGCGGUAUAAGGAGAAGGUGGCCGAACUCAGGAAGAAAAGGAAUUCUGGGCUGAGCAAAGAGCAGAAAGAGAAAUACAUGGAACACAGACAGACCUAUGGGAAUACUCGGGAACCUCUUUUGGAAAACCUGACUAGCGAGUAUGACUUGGAUCUUUUCCGAAGAGCACAAGCCCGGGCUUCAGAGGAUUUGGAGAAGUUAAGGCUGCAAGGCCAGAUCACAGAGGGGAGCAACAUGAUUAAAACCAUUGCUUUUGGUCGUUACGAGCUCGACACUUGGUACCAUUCUCCAUAUCCUGAAGAGUACGCACGACUGGGACGACUCUACAUGUGCGAAUUCUGCUUAAAGUACAUGAAGAGCCAGACGAUACUCCGCCGGCACAUGGCUAAGUGUGUGUGGAAACACCCACCCGGCGAUGAGAUCUACCGCAAAGGCCCCAUCUCUGUGUUCGAAGUCGAUGGCAAGAAAAACAAGAUCUACUGCCAAAACCUGUGCCUGUUGGCCAAGCUUUUUCUGGACCACAAGACAUUAUAUUACGACGUGGAGCCCUUCCUGUUUUAUGUUAUGACUGAAGCGGACAACACCGGCUGCCACCUGAUUGGAUAUUUUUCCAAGGAAAAGAACUCAUUCCUCAACUACAACGUAUCCUGUAUCCUUACCAUGCCUCAGUACAUGAGACAGGGCUACGGCAAGAUGCUCAUUGAUUUCAGCUAUUUGCUUUCCAAAGUGGAAGAAAAAGUUGGCUCCCCGGAACGUCCCCUCUCCGACCUGGGGCUCAUAAGCUAUCGCAGUUACUGGAAAGAAGUGCUUCUCCGUUACCUGCAUAAUUUCCAAGGGAAAGAGAUCUCUAUCAAAGAAAUUAGCCAGGAGACAGCUGUGAAUCCUGUGGACAUUGUCAGCACUCUGCAAGCCCUUCAGAUGCUCAAGUACUGGAAAGGAAAACACCUAGUUUUAAAGAGACAGGACCUGAUCGAUGAGUGGAUUGCCAAAGAGGCCAAAAGAUCCAAUUCCAAUAAGACCAUGGAUCCCAGCUGUUUAAAAUGGACCCCUCCCAAGGGCACUUAAAGUGACCUGUUACUCUGAGCCAGCGAACCCCAGCAGUAGGAAUCCGUCCCCUAGGGAUCUGUCUGUCAUUUCUGUUGCUCUCGUGAUUGGCAAGUACAGUAUCCUUUGGGAAGGCCACCCCCCUCAGGACUGUCCUGGCUCCGAGCCCCGUGUACACUGCGGACGCUGGUUCUGAGGAACUGCUGUUUCGGCCUCAGUGAGGUUGCCCGGAUGGGAUCUCUCGUCGACUUGAGCGCAGAUCCCUUGUAGCACUGACCCAAGGUGUUCUGUUUGGUACUGUGCCUGUCCAGUCACUGGUUCUCCUCGUGCCCUCGCCCCAUGAGGUUGUGUUGUGUCUUCUGAACUUUGUAAUAGUGCUUCUUGCUGCCCGGUCGCCAGACUUCCAGAUAACGGUUGCCGCCACCAGGACCUUUCCAGUUACUCCUUUCACGUGUUUUUUUUGUUUUGUUUUGUUUUUUGUUUUUUGUUUUUUCUUUGGACGAGCAGGGAAGGGGUAACACUUGGGUGUGCGUGCUGGGAGGGCUCCCUUCCCUUUGGAUUUUAUCUCACGACAUUUUGCCCGCCCCUUUUUAUCGAGAGGCCUGUUUUUUUGAUCAGUGUCCAGCUGACCGGAGACAAGGGGUUUUUUUAGACUUUCCCAGGGAUUCGUCUUGGUAGCAGCCCAUGAUUUAUCGGAAUGAAAUGGAGAGGAGGAUUGA